GACAAAAUUCUUAAAGCGCUAAAUGCGAAGUAACACAAGUGAUCCAACUGUCUGCCACUCCAUUAAUGUCGGUUCUCGUUUUCCCACUCAACAGACCCCACGAAAAUCGAAAGCAAAAGGUAAACAAAGGAUCAAGCUCAACAAAAUCUCCCUUCCUUCGAGAAUCAGGAGCACAUCGAGUCCAAGAUUGGUUUUUAUUUCUGGUGGGUUAGUUUCUCUGAGUUUGGGUGGUAAAUCAGAUCAACAGGCAGGGUUUUGACAAUGUCGACAGUAGGAAACUCGACAAACAUAUUUUGGCAAGAGUCACCCAUUGGGAAAACUGAAAGGCAGAAGCUGCUAAACCAGAAGGGUUGUGUGGUGUGGAUCACAGGCCUCAGUGGCUCAGGGAAAAGCACUUUGGCUUGCUCGCUUAGUAGAGAGUUGUACAACCGGGGAAAGCUAUCAUAUAUACUUGACGGAGAUAAUCUUCGUCAUGGUUUGAACAUAGAUCUCGGUUUCAAGGCAGAGGAUAGAGUGGAAAAUAUACGCAGAGUCGGAGAAGUAGCCAAACUCUUUGCUGAUGCUGGUUUGAUCUGUAUCGCCAGCCUCAUAUCGCCCUACAGGAAAGACCGUGACGCCUGCAGGGAAAUGAUGCGUGAUUCAUCUUUUAUCGAGGUUUACAUGAACAUGUCUCUACAACUGUGUGAAGCAAGAGACCCUAAAGGCUUAUACAAGCUUGCGCGUGCAGGAAAGAUCAAAGGCUUCACAGGGAUAGAUGACCCGUAUGAAUCUCCCUUGAAUUGUGAGAUAGAGCUGAAAGAGAAAGAAGGAAAGUGUCCUUCCCCUGUAGCUAUGGCUGAGGAAGUCAUCUCUUAUUUAGAAGACAAAGGCUUCCUUCAAAACCAGUGACCUCUUAACCAAAAUCAAAUUUGUUGUUUUUCCUUUCCAAGUCUUGGCCGUUUUUUUUUUAAAAAUGUUUCUUCACUUUCCUAAAACAUGACAAAAAUCGUAAAGAAGUUUGUAACUAUGAAAGACAUACAUACAG